AUGCACAUGUCCCCUCUUCUGCUUCAUACCUCAACCAUCGAGCGACCAAGCUACAACUGUCUUCAACUGUCAUCUUAUUCAGGCUGGGCACUAUCAACUGACAUUUGUUCUUUUCAGCAUGAGACCUUCGAGUCCGCCGACGCUGGUGCGUCUGCGACCUACCCCAUGCAGUGCUCCGCUCUGAGAAAGAACGGUCACGUUGUCAUCAAGGGUCGUCCCUGCAAGAUCGUUGAUAUGUCUACCUCCAAGACUGGCAAGCACGGUCACGCCAAGGUUCACAUCGUUGCCCUCGAUAUCUUCACCGGCAAGAAGCUGGAAGAUCUUUCUCCCUCCACCCACAACAUGGACGUUCCCAACGUCACCCGUCGUGAAUACCAGCUCCUUGAUGUCACCGACGACGGUUUCCUCUCCCUCAUGGACGAGGCCGGUAACACCAAGGACGACGUCAAGCUCCCCGAGGGUGAGGUUGGUGAGAGAAUCCAGAAGAUGUUCAAUGAGGAGGGCAAGGACUGCAACGUCACCAUCCUCACUGCCAUGGGCGAGCAGGCCUGCAUGGAUGUCAAGGAGGCUCCCAAAUAA